CGACAACAAACUUCGCUUUAGAACAUGUUUAAAAGGCCGGUUCGGAUCUGUUCAGGAGGUUUGUCAACACGAAGCAACCCGUACCCAAGACGUCAAAAAGCCACAAGUGAAGACAAGAUGCCUCAGAUCCUACUCAUUGGCGGAACCGGGCACGUCGGCGGCGCAGUGCUGCACAAGAUCCUGGAGCAGUAUGGCAGCAACGUCCAGGUCAAGGUUGUGGUCCGGAGCGAGGAAAAGGCCUCGCGGCUGGUGGCCCGAUACCCGCAGGUGCAGACGGUGCUGGGCGACCUCGGCGACCACAAGACCAUCGAGGAGUCCAGCUCCCAAGCCGAUAUCGUCAUCAAUGCCGGCCCGGACAUCACCCACGACGACGGCAUCAAGGCCAUCCUGCGCGGGCAGAAGUCGCGCAGGGCAGCCUCUGGCCAGACGCCGUACUACAUCCACACGUCGGGCGCCUCGCUGAUCUGGGACGAGCCGGAGGGCAAGGACGGGUCGAGGUGGUGGGACGACCUGACGGACGUGCCGGAGCUGAGCGCGCUGGAGGAGAAGCACACGCACGCCGUGACCGACCGCAUCGUGCGCGGGGCCGCCGACGAGGUCAACGUGGCCAUCGUGUCGCCGGGCUUCGUCGGGGGUGUGAGCCCGUCGACCGAGCACCCGACGCCCAUCACCACCCCGGCCAUCCUGACCACCGCGCGUGCCUUCAAGUCGGCGUUCCAGAUCUCGCCCGGCGAGAACAGGCACGCCUGGGUCCACGUCAUGGACCUGGCCGGCAUCUACAUGAUCCUCGUCGAGGACGCGCUGGCGGCGCUGGCGGGCAAGCCCAUCGAGAGGGAGGCCGGCACGCUGCCGCUCUGGGGCCGCGAGGCGUACUACUUCGGCACGGGCGAGGACAUCUCGUUCUCCGACUUCAUGAGGGGCCUGGCCCCCGUGCUGAAGCAGCACGGCGUCAUCGAGAGCGACGAGAUGAGGUCGGUGACGGUGACCGAGGCCGCGCGCAUCAGCCUCGCCGGGCCCGACGGCGAGUACGACCCGCUCGCCCCGCCGCCUCCCCCCGAUUCCUGGGCCAUGCACAUCGCCAUCAUGUACGGCGUCAACAUGAAGAUCCGCUCCUCGAGGAUCGCGAGGCUCGGGUGGAAGCCCACGCGCAAGGUGGUGGACACCUUCCCUGAGGUUGUGCCCGAGUUCCUGCGCCGCGAGAAGCAGGCUGCUUGAUCAGGUUGGGUGGUGCUUAUGAGAUAGACAGACGUUAGGGUUGGGAUGGAUCCAUGUAUAUCACCUUUAUAGCGGAAGCUCGGGUUACACAGCAGUAGUAGUAUUAGGCUUGGCAGCCCUUAAUAUGCACAAGUUGCACAACA